AUGGGAUUGUGGAACCACUUGUCGCCCCCGCAGAUCGAUGUGCAAGACCCCUCGACCAUCCGCAAGUUCUGCGGCCAGAAGCUGGACCACUUUGACCCCGAGGAUACAAGGACCUGGUGUCAGCGCUACGUGGUGAACCGGACGCACUACGAGGAGGGAGGCCCUGUCUUCAUCUGCAUUGACGGUGAAGACACCCCCUGGGGACAAAAGCGUCGGCCCUACACGCUGGCGUGCAACAACAUGGUGGAGCUGGCCGCAAGCUUCAAGGCCGCGAUCGUGGCCCUGGAGCAUCGCUACUACUCGGGGGACGCCUUCGACGGCGUCAAGGACUUCAGCACAAAGAACCUGAAGUACCACUCCAGCCGCCAGGCGCUGGCGGACCUCAGCCGCUUCCACGACUACGCGAACAAGAAAUAUCGCACGGCAGGCGCUCCCUGGGUUACCUUUGGGGGAUCCUACCCGGGCACUUUGUCCGCUUGGGCGAGGAUGCUGUAUCCGAACAAGUUCGUGGCUUCAGUGGCGUCCUCGGCCCCCCUCACGGCAGAGGCGGUGGACGUGGCCGACUUUCGCGGUUCGGUCAACUACAUCGGGUACCUGGACGUGGUGUCCUCCGCGCUGACGGCCCCGUCCGUGGGAGGAACACCGGAGUGCCUGGCAACCAUCACCGAAGGCCACGAGCAGGCCAUCGAGCCGAUGGUGACCUUCCGAAGGCGAGAGCUGGAGAAGAAGUUCAACCUCUGCGGGGAGAAGCCGUUGGACUCGACGGACAACAUUGCAUUUUGGGCAGGCAACGGUGUCAUCAGCACCGUGCCUCAGUACAACUCCGCGACCUGCGAGCACACAAGUUGCAAUGUGAAGCUCUUGUGCGGGAACUUGUCGUCGAUGCGCUCCAGCAGCGACAGUGCGAUGGACGCCCUGGAGAUGAUGCAGAAGUUUCAGCAGGACGUCCAACUGGGCCAUGACAGACACAAUCCAUCCCGAUCGACACCAGUUGGCUUCUUUUUUUUUGCUCGGAAGGAGUUGAGCAUCACGGAGAAGGUGAACGGCUCCUCCCCCGAGACGGAGGGCAUGUUCGGGCGGCUCUGGACCUAUCAGACCUGCACGGAGUUCGGAUGGUACCAGACCUGCGAGGAGGGGUCCAACUGCCCCUUCACCCGGGGCUACAACACCAUCGAGUGGGCCCUGGACUUGUGCAGGCUCCUCUUUGAUAUUUCCCCAGAAGAAGUCCGCGAGAACAUUGAAAGCACGAACAGCUUCUAUGGCGGUGCCGACAUCGAUGCACCUUGGAUCGAUUGGAACGCUGUGAAGGCGACCCGCGUGGUGUUCCCCAACGGGGAGGUGGACCCCUGGCACUGGGAGGGCUGCUUGGUGAGCCCCCGGCCCUCGGUGGACACCAUCUUCGUAAAAGGGGCCUCGCAUUGCGAGUGGAUGCAUGCAGAGAAGCCGGGGAUGCCGGAGCAGCUGAUCCUGGCCAAGAGCCUUGCAAGGAAGUAUUUUUUUCUCAACUGGGUGCUAAAUUCGCUACACAGCCCGCAUGGACCAUGGUCACAAGACCGUGGUAGCAAGGAUCCUCAAUAG